AUGACAGGGGACUCAUCAACCCUAGGUGUCAGUUGGAAAAGGCACCAAGCCAGGCCUCUGUUCUUGACGACUGUGGUGUUACUGCUCAUCGAUCAGGGAAACACCUAUCAGAGAGAACCAGGCAGCGCCAGAGAAGUUAGCAAUACCCUGUCUCCAAAGCUCCCAGGGGCGACACCGGACCGGACCCUGAGUAAUUCCAGCAGAGAGAAUGGCAGCCGGCAGGGGUGGCGCCCACGGGAGUCCCCUCCCGACUCCAGGACUUUGGGAGAGAGUGUGGUCCCUGGAUCCCGCUGCUGCCACAACGGAGGCACCUGCGUUCUGGGCAGCUUCUGCGUGUGCCCUGCGCACUUCACCGGCCGCUACUGCGAGCACGACCAGAGGCGCAGAGAUUGUGGCGCCCUGGAGCAUGGAGCUUGGACCCUCCACAGCUGCCGCCUCUGCAGGUGCAUCUUCUCAGCCCUGUACUGCCUCCCACGCCAAGCAUUCGGUCACUGUGACCUGAAAGGCUUCCUCUCUUCAGGGACCAGAGGGUCAGGUGCAAGCAGUGCUCUGAGUCUUCUGCUGCUCGGUCUCUUCCUUCAUGGUGUGGCUGGCGAAGGCUGAGGCUCCUAAGUGCAAUGACAGACUCUCCUGGGGCUGCGAGGAGCCACCCUUGAUUGCAC